AUGGAUAAUCCUCCAGACGCAUGUGGACUGAUUGCAUGUCGGAAUAUAUGUAGGCAUGUUGUCUUUAGAAGCCAAGGCCAGAUGGUUGAUCUCUCUAUCGGUGGCUUUUCCGAUGGUAAACUUCUUGAGUAUAUUGCUGAUAGAUCAACUCAGCUUAGACGUCUUGAAGUUAUCUAUUGCUUUGGAGACAUGUAUGGAGCCUGGGGUGAAUCUUUGAAGAAGUUAUCAUUUUUGGAGGAACUUAGCCUCUUUGAAACAGGAAUCUCAGACAAAGAGAUCGAAGAAGCUGGCCGCUACUGUCCCCUGCUAAAAGCGCUCAAAGUUAAUAUAAAACCGUAUGUAUACUGUGAUGAUCAUGUUAAUGAUGAGAAGUACAUGAGUGAGAGGAAUGCUUUAACUGUAGCGAUUGGGAAAACCCUGCCUAUUUUAAGGCAUCUUGAACUCAUUGGAAAUUCCAUGACGGAUACUGGGUUAAAGGCGAUUCUUGAUGGUUGUCGUCUCCUUGAAUCACUUGACUUACGUCAGCUUCAAAUAUUAUGA